AUGACCGACCGCCCUUCGUCGCUAGGGAGGAGCCCCACGGCACCUCCUGUGAUGGCGAACGGCCACUUUGCUGCGGUCGGCGACCACAACGACAUGGCCUCCUACGAGCAUGGCGUGCAGGUGGUGGACGAGAACAAGGAGUUCAAGUACGCUCUUCUGUCCCAUCUCCCUACAAGCGUUGCUAACAUCUCUUCCCUUCCCACCAGCCCCAACCUGUCCAAGUACCUCUCCAUCGAAGAUGUCACUUCCGCCGGCUUCAACUACCACCUGAUCUCCGUGUUCGGCUCUCAAUCAACGGGAAAGUCGACCCUGCUGAACCAUCUCUUCGGCACCCAGUUCUCCGUCAUGUCCGAGCUGGAGAGGAGGCAGACCACCAAGGGAAUCUGGCUAUCCAAGAACAAGAACGCUGGCGAGGAUGCCACUGGGAGCGGGACUCGAAUGGCCGAUAAUAUCUUGGUUAUGGAUGUUGAGGGCACGGAUGGUCGUGAACGAGGCGAGGACCAGGACUUUGAACGCAAGAGCGCUCUCUUCGCCCUCGCGACCAGUGAAGUGCUCAUUGUCAACAUCUGGGAGCACCAGGUUGGGCUGUACCAGGGAGCCAACAUGGGCUUGUUGAAGACCGUUUUCGAAGUCAACUUGCAACUCUUCCUGAAGGAUAAACACACCACCCACCGCUCCCUCCUGUUCUUCGUCAUCCGUGACUUCAUCGGCAACACCCCGCUUAAGAAUCUUCAGAAGACGUUGUUAGAAGAUCUAUCUCGUCUGUGGGGAUCGAUAUCAAAGCCUGCUGGGCUCGAGAACUCGACGAUUCACGACUACUUUGACUUUCAGUUCUACGGACUUCCGCACAAGGGUUAUCAGCCAGAGCAGUUUGUCGCAGAGACCAAGAAGCUCGGACUGCGAUUUCGAGAAGGACACCGGGACCCCAAGAAGGAUGCCCUCAGGGGGACAGACGGAUAUGCCCAUUAUGCCGAGGGCAUCUGGGACCAAAUUGUUAACAAUAAAGACCUAGACCUGCCCACACAACAAGAGCUGCUUGCUCAGUUCCGUUGUGAUGAGAUUCUGCGGGAGGUGAUGAUUGGCUUCGAUGAGGCGAUCUCUGCAUUUGAGGAUAAACAGGCUGAGGCCGUACGUCUGGGCGCGCCCGAAGUGCUGGGUGGACUGGGGGCGGCCAUGCGGUCUGCGCGCUCCAAGACUCUUAAGGGCUUCGAGACGGAAGCAAGCCGGUACCACAAGGGCGUCUACCAGCGGAAAAAGGCCGAACUCGAGGGCAAGGUCGAUACUCGACUGAAGGCAUUGUUCCAGGGUCAACUCUCGGCGGCGCACAAGUCCGGCAUCCGCGAAUUCAGCGACGCGGUCACCAAUGCUGUUAAGAGUGGUCAGAAGAAGGGUGGCAAUUACGAUUUUGCCGAGAUCGUCAAUCAGGAAACGGAUAUCGCGUUGGAGAAGUUCGAGGAGGCUGCUCGCUCGACUUUGGUAGAAGGCACUUCUUGGAGCAACUAUAAGCAGCAACUGGGAUUGUACGAGAAGGAACUCGCUGAGGUUAGCACCCGUCUCCGGCGCGAUGAAAUGAGACGGUUAGCCAGUCGAGUUGAGCGUUGGGUGCAGUCUCGCUUGGGCGAGUCUGUGGGUCUCGAGUUCAACGCUCUGGGAUCUGGCCGUGCUGGCGGAGGCGCCCCCGAAACCGGGGAGAAGCCUACCGAGAAGGCGUUCUGGGAUCGCAUCUGGAAUGUCUUCGUUGAGACUGUGCUCGACGCCGAGCGAAGAUUCACGGACAGAGCCAGCAGCUUCGAUGCUAGUCUGGAGGAAGUUGAUGUCGGGCUGUGGCGCCUGCGCCGCAAGUCUUGGGGAGUUUUGCGUUCCAAGAUCGACGAGGAGAUGAUUGAAGGCAACCUGCUACUGAAACUACGUGAGAAUUUUGAAGAUAAAUUCCGGUAUGACGAGGCCGGCGUACCUCGCAUCUGGCGCCCCACGGACGACAUCGAAGGCGUGUACACGAGAGCCCGCGAGUCAACCCUGACUCUCAUUCCUCUCUUGUCUCGAUUCCGGCUGGACGAGACGUCGGCGCCGCCGCCUCUUGAUCGGUGGAUUGGCCACACCCCGAGCUCUGCGACAGCAGCAGACGAAGAGGACCUUGCUCCCAUCGGCGGCGUGGAUGAGGACGAGGGCACGAGCUUGGAGGAAGAGAUGACUAUUCUCGGCGACUCCAAGCGGCAGGAGCUCACCGUGCGGUUCAAGAAAGCCGCCGACGGGGUCUACGUCGAAGCGAAGCGAAGUGCCAUCGGCGGCAUGACCCAGGUUCCGCUGUAUUUCUACGGUCUGCUUCUGGCGUUGGGUUGGAACGAGAUCGUGGCCGUUCUCCGUAAUCCGGCCUACUUCUUCUUGCUGUUCGUGUGCGCUGUCGGUGCCUACAUCACCUACCAGCUGAACCUAUGGGGCCCCAUCCUCAAAAUGACCGAGGCGGCAUCCCAACAGGCUCUCGAGGAAGCCAAACGCCGGCUGCGCGACUUCCUCGAGUCCUCCGACACGGGGCGGCAGGCCAUUGCCAUGUCGGCGGGAGACCGGGCAGGCAACUCGAGCCGGACAGAGGAGUACGAGAUGUCCGAUAUUGCAAAGAAGGGCUCCAAGGCCGGUGAUGACCUGGACGAUAUGUAG